GGCUCACUGUAGGGGCGGGGGCGGUCGCGGGCGGAGCCGGAGUGGCCCGCGGCCUCAGCGCUCUCUGUCUCCCCAGGAUGCGGGCUCCGGGUGCAGGCGCGGCCUCGGUGGUCUCGCUGGCGCUGUUGUGGCUGCUGGGGCUGCCAUGGACCUGGAGCGCAGUAGCGGCGCUCGGCGUGUACGUGGGCAGCGGCGGCUGGCGCUUCCUUCGCAUCGUUUGCAAGACCGCGAGGCGAGACCUCUUCGGUCUCUCUGUGCUGAUCCGCGUGCGCCUGGAGCUGCGGCGGCACCAGCGUGCCGGCCACACCAUCCCGCGCAUCUUUCAGGCGGUGGUGCAGCGACAGCCCGAGCGCCUGGCGCUGGUGGAUGCCGGGACCGGCGAGUGCUGGACCUUCGUGCAGCUGGACGCCUACUCCAAUGCGGUAGCUAACCUCUUCCGCCAGCUGGGCUUCGCACCGGGCGACGUGGUGGCCGUCUUCCUGGAGGGCCGGCCCGAGUUUGUGGGGCUGUGGCUGGGCCUGGCCAAGGCGGGCAUGGAGGCCGCGCUGCUCAACGUGAACCUGCGGCGCGAGCCCCUGGCCUUCUGUCUGGGCACCUCGGGCGCUAAGGCCCUGAUCUUUGGAGGAGAAAUGGCGGCGGCGGUGGCCGAAGUGAGCGGGCAUCUGGGGAAAAGUUUGAUCAAGUUCUGCUCUGGAGACUUGGGGCCCGAGGGCAUCUUGCCGGACACCCACCUCCUGGACCCACUGCUGAAGGAGGCCUCUACUGCCCCCUUGGCACAGAUCCCCAGCAAGGGCAUGGACGAUCGUCUUUUCUACAUCUACACGUCGGGGACCACUGGACUGCCCAAGGCUGCCAUUGUCGUGCACAGCAGGUACUACCGCAUGGCAGCCUUCGGCCACCACGCCUACCGCAUGCAGGCGGCUGACGUGCUCUAUGACUGCCUGCCCCUGUACCACUCUGCAGGAAACAUCAUCGGCGUGGGGCAGUGUCUCAUCUAUGGGCUGACAGUCGUCCUUCGCAAGAAAUUCUCGGCCAGCCGCUUCUGGGACGACUGCAUCAAGUACAACUGCACGAUCAGUGGAGUUAGACACUGUAACCUUUUGUGUCUGGUGGUUCAGUACAUCGGUGAGAUCUGCCGCUACCUGCUGAAGCAGCCGGUGCGCGAGGCGGAGAGGCGACACCGCGUGCGCCUGGCAGUGGGGAACGGGCUGCGUCCAGCCAUCUGGGAGGAGUUCACGCAGCGCUUCGGCGUGCGCCAGAUCGGGGAGUUCUACGGCGCCACCGAGUGCAACUGCAGCAUUGCCAACAUGGACGGCAAGGUCGGCUCCUGUGGUUUCAACAGCCGCAUCCUGCCCCACGUGUACCCCAUCCGGCUGGUGAAGGUCAAUGAGGACACGAUGGAGCUGCUGCGGGAUGCCCAGGGCCUCUGCAUCCCCUGCCAGGCCGGGGAGCCUGGCCUCCUCGUGGGCCAGAUCAACCAACAGGACCCGCUGCGCCGCUUCGACGGUUAUGUCAGCGAGAGCGCCACCAGCAAGAAGAUCGCCCACAGCGUCUUCAGCAAGGGCGACAGCGCCUACCUCUCAGGUGACGUGCUAGUGAUGGACGAGCUGGGCUACAUGUACUUCCGGGACCGUAGUGGGGAUACCUUCCGCUGGCGAGGGGAAAAUGUCUCCACCACCGAGGUGGAGGGCGUGCUGAGCCGCCUGCUGGGCCAGACAGACGUGGCCGUCUAUGGGGUGGCUGUUCCAGGAGUGGAGGGUAAGGCAGGGAUGGCAGCCAUCGCAGACCCCCACAGCCUGCUGGACCCCAACGCGAUGUACCAGGAACUGCAGAAAGUGCUGGCACCCUAUGCCCGGCCCAUCUUCCUGCGCCUCCUGCCCCAGGUGGACACCACAGCCAUCUCCAUGGAGCUCCUGCUGGAGGUCCCUGAACCCUGCACUGCGUGGCUGCUCAGCUGGCUGCUUCCUGUCCUGGGAGGAGGCCUCCUGGGUGUCCUCAUCUGCUGUGGCUACCGGAGGAUCCCAUAG